UAGGAUUUAAUAAUGGUUAGAUAUUUUAAAACCAUAUGCGCUAUCGAAUGAAUUCUUCUCACUUCCAAUAUGGCAAUUAUUGGCUUAACAAAUUAUAUCCCACUACCAAUGAUUCUAUGCUAAAAAAAUUAGAUCCAUAUCUUCUCCCGGAUCUACCCAUCAACGCCUUCGAUGAGAGAACUACCAUUUCCAAACAAGCAUCCUCCACAUUCAACAUAACCUCUCAACUGAGUUCUAAGGCAAACGCGUUUUCCAUAGAGGCCCUAAUUUUUGGUAGUAAUUGCAAAAUCAUGAAUACCCAUGAAAAUCGUUUAAACCAUUAUAGAACAAACAAAUCCAUAGAUACAUCUCCCAGCCAAACACGAGUAUUCUGCUCUUCAAAGGUCUACGAUAGAUCUAUGAUAUCCUCGACAGCACACAAUAAGAAAUCUAAUUUUACAAAUAUCUCUGCUAAUAUGAGGUUUAAAAGGAAACCCAUUUUUCAUAAUUAUGAUUCUAAUAAUGAUGAUAACAAAAAUGAGAAUGUUGUUAAUAUAACUAAGAAAACGUAUUCUUAUGUUAAAUACAAUAAGCGUUUCGCAAAAAAUCCUCUUAAACAUCAGAUCAAAAGAUGCAAAUACGGGGAAACGGGACAUUUGGACGAUAUUCCCUUACAAGAAAAAGAUAACCGCAGCUUAAAAGUCUCGCCUUUUGGGUGCUAUGAAAAAUCACUUUCCGACGAAAAAUCAGACCCAAUAAAAAUAUUGACAUACAACAAAAAUGAUAUUUCCCCCGAAUUUAGGGAUAAAUCUAAAACAAGCAUAAAACCCGAAAAUUAUAGCGAUCUUGGUAACAUUACGAGUAAUGUACGGACGAUUGAAAAAGAUUGUAGUCGAGUUAAAUGCCGAUGCGAAGAUUGUCUUGGAAAUUAUAGGAAAAGCUGCGACCAAAAUAAUGAAAUAUCAUCGCAUGAUCUCAAGGAAUACGAGAUUCCGAGCAAUAAUUACGAAAGUAUCGCAGAUAAAGGGAGAGACGUUAAAUCGCCCUUGUUGUCUCCGGCCUUCAAAGUUACUCAAGAACUUCUAGAUUCUACUUCUCCGCUUAUGAAGGCAGUAAAAUGCAAACUGGAAUCGGAGGAUUUAUGGAAAAAAUUUCACACUCUGGGCACGGAAAUGAUAAUCACCAAAACGGGAAGGAGAAUGUUUCCAACGAUAAGGGUCAAUUUUAGCGGGCCUGGAAUAAAACCUCAAAGCAAAUAUUUAGUGUUAUUGGAUAUAGCUCCCGUCGAUAACAAACGUUACAGAUACGCGUAUCAUAGAUCAUCUUGGUUGGUCGCUGGAAAGGCCGAUCCUAUAGUAAAUGAUAGGAUUUACGUUCACCCCGAUUCCCCCUUUACUGGAGAACAGUUGGGCAAACAGAUUGUAUCCUUCGAAAAGCUUAAAUUAACCAAUAAUGAAACGGAUAAAAAUGGACAUAUAAUUCUAAAUUCUAUGCACAAAUACCAACCUAGAUUACAUUUAAUCUUGUGCAACAAUAAUAAUUAUACAUUCGAUCCUUUAAAAACUCCCUUGAAGGAUAGAGUUCGUAAAACCUUUAUUUUCAAAGAAACCAUCUUUACUGCCGUUACAGCUUAUCAAAAUCAAUUGAUUACAAAAUUGAAAAUAGAUAGUAACCCAUUCGCUAAAGGAUUUAGGGAUUCUUCGCGAAUAAAUGAUUUUGAAAGGGAUGGUUUUGAUUCCUUUUUCCAUCACGACUCUAUUCGCAGACAACUUUUUUACGGCCAACCCGAAAAAUCUUUGCAAUAUUUCAACCAUUAUCUUAUCAAUCCCGCCUAUAAGGACUACGUAAAGUACCAACAUUCCAUAUCAGAACGAAUGUUUAAGAAUUGGCAUAAUAGCAUGUUCACUAAUCCGAACUUAUUCCUCUCGAUCUACUCUCCUAAUGCUAAUAUGACGGAUAUCCCUUAUCACACAUCCUUCGCCCCUCAAAUAGCUUCCGAUGGAAGCUUAACUAUUACUACCACAAUAACACAUCCUAAAAAUAAUAUCAAUUUUAAAGAAAAUCUCUCAAAUUGCAAAACAAAUCCCCUUAUUUUUUCAAAAGACAGUGUAAUGUCAGAUGAGUCAAAUGAUCCUGAUGAAGAACAACACACUCAAAAUGGUCUAAACAAAUCGAAUGAUAAAAAUCUGGAAUCAAAUAAAAUCCGAUUUGACCCAUACGAGUAUACUUCAAGGAACUCGCCCAACUCUGACAUUUCGCCUAUAUUUAAUCACAGAAAUGCACUUAACAAAUGGAAUACAGACAGUUCUUACAAAUAUCAUUCGACCUUUCACCCUUAAUAAUGUGUUAUAUUAUAUACUUGUAAAAACUAGAGAUAAUAUUUAAUUUAUUUUAUAUUUAAAUUUAAAAUGUUAAUUAUUUUCUUUAAAAUGGCACUACAUUGCAAUAGUGUAUAAGUAUAUUAUGUAAUAUAUUAUAUUAUAUUAGAAUAAAUUUGUACACAUGUAUAAUUUAUACUAAACUUUCUAAUUAUAUACUUUAUUUUUUAAAAGAUGUUAUUUUACAAAUUUAGAAAAAUUUAUUCUUA